AUGAAGGACACAGAGAAAGAGAAUGACGGAGGGGGGAGAGAUGGAAACCGAAAAUCAGAGAAAGACCAGAGCUGGAUCCCAAAGAUCAUUAAGAAGAGAGUUUGCACGGCGUUUGUGGAAGACUCCUUCAGUAACGGGGCGUUAUGUCAGUGCGGGGGGGUGCGGGACGCACACAGUUCCAUAGCGACGGGGGAUUAUUUUGGUGCGGCUAUAGUGAGUCAGUGGGACAGUGCUCAGCACUCGUCUGAAUACCCCACGGACGCCUUUGGAGAGAUUGAGUUCACCGGCGCCGGACGCAGAAACAGUCACUUCCUCCGCCUGUCGUGUGACACCCACCCUAGCAUUGUCUACACCCUCAUGACGGUCCACUGGUCCCUACCUGCACCCAACCUGGUAGUUUCGGUGGUCGGGGGAGAGGGGCGGGAAAAGGUGAAGAACUGGGUUAGAGAGAUCAUCCGACAGGGCCUGGUCCGUGCCGCCCAGAGCACAGGUGCGUGGAUCCUGACGGGGGGGUUGAGGGAGGGAGUGGGUCGCUGUGUGGGAGAGGCUGUAAGGGACCACGGUGCAGCCGCCUCCUCUCCCUCCCAGACUAAAGUUAUAGCAGUGGGCGUGGCCCCCUGGGGACUAGUACACAAACGACAGCAACUCGUCAACCCACAGGGCAGUUUUCCGGCCAGGUACUAUGUCCAAAACACGUCCCAUGACUCCUGCUGCCUGGAUAACAACUAUCAGGCCUUUCUCCUGGUGGAUGAUGGGAGCGUGGGCCGGAGAGGAGGCGAGACAGGCUUCAGAGCAAACCUGGAGGACUUCAUCUCCCAUCAGCGCACUGGCAUCUGGGGUAGUGGAAGCAUUGAGAUCCCUGUCUUGUGUAUGCUCAUUUCAGGGGACGCUGCUAUGUUGGAGAGAGUAGAUCUUUCUCUGAAGAAGAUGACCCCCUGGCUGGUUCUGGCUGGCUCUGGUCCGGCUGCUGACUUGAUCAGUGAGGUUCUGAAUGUACUGACUAUGCCACUGAGUCCUCUGAGCCCAACAUCACCCGGCGCUGACAGGGAGGGUGUUGAACCCACCAGCGCAGAGAUGAAGGAGAGAGUCCGUGACAAAGUCAGGAAAGUUUUCCCCUCGGAGCCUGAUCAGGAAAAACUAGUGGACCGGGCUCUCAGUAUUUAUCAGAACAGAGAUCUGAUCACCGUCUUUCAUGGAGGGCAGGAGGGUCCUGAUGAUUUUGACACUGUCCUCCUGAAAGCGCUUGUAAGAGCUAGUAAGCGUGUAGCCAGUGAUGCCAGUGAAUACACAGAGGAGCUGAAGCUUGCUGUGGCCUGGAACAGAGUAGACAUUGCUAAGACUGAACUCUUCAAUGGAGACAUCCAGUGGAGGUACGAGGACCUGGAGGACUCCAUGACCGACGCGCUGGUGAACGAUAAGCCACAGUUUGUGCGACUCUUCACAGAGAACGGUUUGAACAUUCUGGACUAUUUGACUCACCGGCGUUUAGAGAGCCUUUACUGCUCUCUCUCUGACAGCACGCUGGUCUACACACUCCUCCAGCGCCGCCUGAGUGAACGGCUGGGCGUGGCACCCACGCCACCGGAUUCCGCCGACGGAAACUCCACCUUCAAAAGCCCUGUCAGCCCCCUUACUGGACCCUCUUCUGCCCGAGAACUCAGUCUGUACGAGGUCUCAAGAGUUCUGUGGGAUAUCCUGGGAGAUGUUUGUCAGCCGUUUUACUACGGUCCUUUGGGACUGGACACAUCUGCAAGCACAAGGAAAGCACUCAAGCAUGUGAAUAACAUGUUGUUGAAAAAUGGAGACGUCUACCGUGACCAGAAGUGUCUUUCUCCAUGGGCUUCUCUCUUUAUCUGGGCUGUGCUACAGAAUCGAAGAGAAAUGGCUAUCUAUUUCUGGGAGAUGGCAGGAGAGUCAGUGCUAAGUGCCCUGAGCAGCUGUAAAAUACUGAGAGAGCUGUCUAAACUGGAGAGCGAGACAGAGACCAAAGUCUCCAUGAAGGAACUGGCCCAGCACUUUGAGAACCUGGCCCACGACGUGUUUGGCGAAUGCUACCAGAGCAACGAGAGCCGUUCUUUCACGUUGCUGAUCCGGAAGUCCCGGUUUUGGAGCGGAGCCACCUGCCUACAGAUGGCCACUGCUGCAGACGCCCGCCUCUUUUUCAGUCACGAUGGUGUACAGUCUCUCUUGUCUCAGAUCUGGUGGGGAGACAUGGAGAGAAGCACAGAGGUGUGGAAACUCAUCCUUGGGUUUUUCAUUCCUCCACUCAUCUACACCGACCUCAUUACAUUCAGGGAACAGGAGGACGAUGUGAAGACAGAGGCUCCACACAGAGACACAGACAGCCUGGACGGAGCGGAAGGCACAGUGCUCUCUCUCGCUGACAUCAUACAAACGGAAGAAGAUGCUGACGAGUAUCGUGCACUGAAGGAAAAUGCCAAAGGGUCACCUUCACCUCCCAAACGACCUUACGUUAUCAACCGAUGGCGACAGUUCUGGUUUGCGCCAGUCACUUCGUUUCUAGGAAACGUCCUCAUGUACUUCCUCUUCUUGCUCCUGUUUGCUUACGUGCUAUUGGUCGACUUCAAGCCGCCGCCUCCUCAUGGCCCCGCCCCCGUGGAAUUUGUGCUAUACUUUUGGGUGCUCACUCUGGUCUGUGAGGAAAUACGACAGACUUUUUUCGUAGGCAGUACCUCUGUGACACAAAGCAUGAGAAGAUACAUACAGGACAUCUGGAACAAAUGUGACCUCACGGCUAUCUUACUAUUCUGUCUGGGGCUCGUCUGCAGGAUGUUCCCCUGGUCGUAUCAGUUUGGCCGAUCCGUCAUGUGUUUGGACUACAUGGUCUUCACAUUGAGACUCAUUCAUAUCUUCGCCAUUCACAAACAGCUGGGUCCCAAAAUCAUCAUUGUGGGAAAAAUGGUUAAGGAUGUGUUUUUCUUCCUCUUCUUCCUUGGGGUGUGGCUGAUGGCAUACGGAGUAGCCAAUCAAGCGCUGAUAUAUUCCUAUGAUCCUCGUCCCAGUUGGAUAUUUCGCAGAGUGUUCUAUCGGCCAUACAUGCACAUUUAUGGACAGGUUCCUCUGCAUGAGAUAGAUGCGGAUAAACGAGAGAUAACAGAAUGCACAAACAACACUGAACUCAUCCAGCAAGGUGCGGAGCCAUGUCCUCAAGAUGAGGCCAAUUGGUUGGUCCUUAUUCUGCUGUCGGUUUACCUCCUGGUCACCAAUAUCUUAUUGGUCAAUCUUCUGAUCGCCAUGUUCAGCUACACAUUCAAUAAGGUUCAGGAACACAGUGACGUGUAUUGGAAGUUUCAGCGCUAUAAUCUGAUCGUGGAAUACCAUUCCCGUCCUUGCCUGGCUCCACCAUUCAUCAUCAUGUCCCACCUGCACCUCUUCAUCAAAAGGAACAUCCGCAGGGUCCCCUCUGUCAAAAGCCAGCAUUUCGUGUUGGAGCUGAAGGGAAGAAACGCCAGCAGGUUGAGUGCCUGGGAGGCCAUUCAGAAAGAGAACUUACUCUCUUUACAGAACAAGAAACAGCGAGACAGCGACACGGCGCGGCUCAAACGCACCUCCGUCAAGGUGGACAGUGUUCUGAAGCAGAUGGCGGAGAUACGAGAUCACGAUCGCAGGCUGAGAAUGCUGGAGUCAGAGGUGGAAUACUGCUCAAACGCCCUCUCCUGGUUGGUGGAGGCAAUGUCCCAAAGUAACCUAAUAAAACCUUCACGUCCACCUCCCUUGCACAGAGAGCUGAGCAUAUCUUCCUCUGCAACUUCUCCAAGUUGAGGAUUUAAACAACUGACCAUAGAAUGUUUUUCGAAGAACAGAUGGAGCAU